UGAUAUUGCGUUUGACCUUCAGUCACGAGUUUUUCACGCUAACGUCACAGACUUUUGUUGACGUAUGAAAACAAAAUAUCAUACUUACAAACCUGCUUUCAUCUCCGAUCUCUCGCUUUUUAGGGUCGCAUUCUGUUUCGAAAAGUAAAAUGUGUAUACAGGUUUAACAAAAGGGCAAAACAAAUGUGUGAAGUAUUACAUUCCAGCAGAGAAGGAGGACCGAUUCACAGUAUAAAUGCGAGAGCGCCAAAUUUCGGUCACGCAGGCAUUUUAUGUGACAAAGUACAACAUAACUUCAACGGUAAAAUGCGUUCGGAAACAGAGGUAAGAUAGAAGUUUUUGGUUUAAGUUUGAUAGAAAUAGGCCGAUGAUUUAUUAUCGUUUCAUGUUGAUGUGCUAUGUCAUGAAAACUCUCGGAUCAUUCGAGUCUCAUUGUCUUCCUUGUCUCGAUGUUUCGUAAUGUGUAUUUUGUUAAUGCAUAUAUAUAGUAUCUCUUGGUGGAAGUGCGUUACCCAAGAACAUACAGACAUCUUGACAAAGGAAAAUACACAGAUUAUGAAAUAUACAUAGAGGUAUUCAUAUAUAUUUUCAAUUCUUAACUUUUUUGUUAUAUACGCUUGUACAACUAUAAAAUGUAGAGAAUGUAGGCGGCCUAUCUUUUGAGGACGACGUGAUAUUGAAAUUGAUAUGCAACGUAUUUUGUUUUAGACGAACAAAAUUGCUUUUUCAAGACGUACUUCGACUGUAAGAAGACGUUUCUCGGAAUUUUUGUGGCUGAGAAGACAACUAGCGAGUGUCGAAGUCAAUGGUUUAGGAAAGUGAGUGCGUUUCGGGGCGAAAAUGAAGCCAAAUGUUUACUUAAUUAAAUAUUCAGUGUAUCUCGAUCACUGUUGCGUAACCUGUUGGCGUUGCGUAGUUUCACUAUUUGUGUUACCAGGAAACUUGAGCCAGAAAAGAAGGGAAUUCGCCAGUUUCUCGUUACAUGUUAAUUGUCGUUCAUGAGUAAUCAAUAUAUUUUAGCUAGAAAGAACAUUGAUACUUUGUAGAAUUACAGUAUUAAAAAAUAUUUUCACCUUGGCUUUUGACUGACUUUGAGUGGGAGUCAGGCCACGGACAGCCACUUUUGCAUUUAGACAGCCACUUAUUCACAGAUGGCCAUGGGGGGCCUGGGAAAAUGUUUUCUGUAAACCGCAACUCACAUGCUUUGUGAUAUUUCUUGAAUAGCCCAAAAGUUGUCUGCUGUUGCUUAAUACAUAUGCUUCAAUACUCUUUUCUCAAAAAGAAUUAUGAGUCAUGAUUUCAAGCACUAUGUUUUUUUACUAUAUCCAUAAAAAUAGCUACACAAUCAUAACAACCAUGUAAAAGUGAGGUGAGCGCCUCUAUGAAUGACACUAAAAAUAUUGUCAAAAGUUUUAAUACAGUCCAUCCCAAAUGAAUGACACCUCCCUUGAGCAGACAUUCCUAUUAAAUAGACACACAGCUGCAAUAGCAUGGCCUCCUUCACCCACAUGUGUCUCAUAGGUUACCUCCUCCUCAGGCUCUUAUUUUCAGCUGUGGAUUAUACAAAUGCUGUGGCUAUUUUAUUUUUGGCACAUAUCAGUGGCAUAUAUAUAGAUCAGUGGUUGGGAAAAGACUUGAUGUAUGAUGGGAAGAUUCUCCCCCCCCCUGCAUUCACAUAAAGUGACUGCGGAUGAGGGAGGGUUGCCAACGCAAGCCCACAAGAGAGUUAUUAGACAGAUUUAGAGAACGCAAACGUCAAAGACGACGUGAAAAUGGCAUCAUCCUCAAUCUAAAUCUGUCUAUUAUUCCUGUGGAGGAGGCUAUGUACAGUAAGCCUGCCAAGUUCAGUGGCUUCUGAUUGAUCUGGGAUGGUGUAGGUUAAUACGUCUCCUGGAAAGGGAUGCUAAAUUGCUAAUUGCAUAAUGGUGUAUACCCACUACCUCAACACCACUGGGUAUUCCCAGUGGUAGCAUGGCAUGCUGGGGGGUUUUCCAAUGGUGCCCUGGUGUUUGUAUGUUUACAAGCUUUGUAUGUUUACCUUGCAGGGGGAGUGUCCCAGAAUUACCGCCUAAGAAAAUGAUUGGAAGAUUCCAUCCCACAUUCUUGACAAUGCGACAGGAAGGACUACAACACUUUCUUGAAACGUAUGUAUUCCUCAACAAAUCAUUCAGAUGAUUUAUGACACAGUUUGUCCAUUUAGUCAAUCCAGAAAACAUCCAUACCACCCCCACAGAGGAACUUGGUCGUUAACCCCCUACCCUCUUCGAACCUCCUAAUACACUUACUAUUAUCAGAAACAAGUUUUUCUUCCCUCCAGAAGGCCAUAAUGUGGCCCAAUGUUCCCCACUUUGUCAUUUUAUUCUGUUGAACACCAAACAAUUUUAUUUGUCAAGGGAAAGUAUUGGCACAGAAUACUACACAGAAGUCCAUCUCCUUUGUUUUUUUGUGUCAGCUCUAUUCGUCAUGAUUCAUCAAUCAGCAAGUACUGUAAACAGAAGCAGUCACCCCCCUGGAUGUGUGCCCAUUUUGAGUAUUUCCUGGGGGAGACUGCUUCUGUUUACGGCACUUACUGAGUGAUGAAUCAUGACAAAUAGAGCUUAUGCAAAAAACAAAGGAGAUGGACUUCUGUGUAGUAUUCUGUGGUAUUGGGCACUUCAGAGUACAAUGCAACUUAAUGGGUCAACACAUUGUGUUGUCUAGAACCCAAUGUGGCCUAUUUUCAUACUCCAUCUAAUGGCUGAAAAAAGUAUUUAUCAAGGAUUCAAGGGGAAGGUGUUAAUGUACUAAAAUUUCUUUCAGUGUCCUAAAUAUCAACAAGUUCCUGUCAUUCAGCGGUCUGCACUUGUUCUUACAAUCACCAAUGACGGUUGAAGAAAUUGACGAUUUUCUUGAUGGAAAAUAUGAUGAGAAAACUGUUGAAGACUUGUUGGAAGAUUUUGGCUGUGCAACAAACACAGACAAUCCCUUCAGCGUGUUUUUAAGAACAGAGAAUACAGGUGUUAUUAUUAGUAACAGAGCAGGACGAUCUGUGUCGUACGACAGACUACCAAGUACUGUAUCACAGGAUGAGAGGAUGCUAAGUAGAUCGUCUGUUGAGUCAUCAGAUCACUCUUCUGGGAGCUACACUGGUGUGUUUUAACAGCAGAGAAAUUGUAAAAAGUUUUAAUAUAAAUGUAAUGUAUUAUUGUAAAGAUAUGAAUUGGAUGGUGGAUGUCAAGGAUGGUGCUGAGCCAGGAAUUCAAAAGGCUAAAUCAUCCAAACUUUGCAGAAGUAGAAAAAAGAAGAGAGCUUUGAUGUUCCAUUUUAUGUGAAAGUUUGAGGUUUCUGUGAAAUCUUCCCAUUUAGGGAAUACCAUUUUACCAGCCUAGACCUAGGGCCUUUCUCAUGUGAGAAAACUAGAACCUAGGCAAUUCGGCCUGCCUCGUAAUGUCAUUGAAGUCAAUUAACCUGCAAAUCAAGUGCCACCUGCCGAGUAAAGGCCCUAGGUCUAGGUAGCCAUUUUACCUCGUUUUAUUGCUCUUAUUCAAAACAUUAGAGCCUGGAGGUAUAUACAUCCAAGCAAGUUUUUAACACAUGGGAAAUGUUACAUUUCCCUUACCAUUCGUGGAUUUUAUAACUCGAUGACCAGUGGUUAAAGUAAUACGUAAAUAUUAAUUACCAAUACGUAAUUUAUUGACAAAUUGCUAUUUAUAUUACGAGUUAUCCUUUCUAAUGAGAUAUUCUACAGUACUAAUUCGUAAAAUUUAAAUUCGUAGACGUUAACAUGAUCAGAACAGCAUUUGCUGCAAAUACCCUGGUAGGAAUCGAACCUGCCAACCCUUUGAUGCCAGUGCAGUAUUGAAAUUUUUUUCAUACUACACUGGAAAUUUUUCCAAAUCUUUACUGUGAAAAUAGUAUGGUUUUUCCGUUGAAAAUAGUAUGGAAAUCCAAUUUUCAUAUUAAUUGCAUACUAUGGAUAUAGUAUGGAAAUAAUAUGGAUUUCGUGGUGCAUUUGCAAAUUCCAUAGCAUGGAUUUCACUAGGAAUGAGCAGUUGGGAAAAAUGCAAUGCAGGAAUCGAACCUUCGGCCCUGCGAUUCCGGUGUGGUAUAACUAUACUGGUAAUAGACAAUUCCCAUUAUAGACUAAUUUUAAAACUAGGCAAGGAGAUGCAAAUAAAUCACCACAGCUAGAAAGAGCAUACUAAAAUUAGUAAAAUUGCAAAGUUUGGUUGCGAAAUGUUGUAAAAUGCAGAAAAUACAGCCUUGCAAAGUUUGCAAAUUUUCAGUCAUUUUGUAUUGCGUGCGGAAUUCCUACCACAUUCGGGCUCAAAUGUGCGUGGUAGGAAUUUCCGCACGCAAUACAAAAGUAUACAAAAUUUGCAAACUUUGCAAGGCUAUAUUUUCUGCAUUUU